AAGUUCCCAAGCUUGAAAAAUCCUGCUCUGAAGUAAUAUAACUGUGUGGAAUGUAGGGAAGUUAUAGAACAGACACUUGCUUAACAUAGGAACCAGGGAACAAAAGGACUUUUAUUAAAAAAAACUAAACAAAUAGUUUUUUAAAAAAGGUCGCUUACCAGCUUAUCCUGGCCUUAAAAUUAUUGGCAGCCCAGGGUUUGGAUCUAAGCCUCUAGCAGACCAGUCCUUCCACCUGUCUUCCCAAAUCCUUUAGGUCUCCCCUCCUCUGCCACCUUCCUGGGAGAACAUGCCCAGUGUUGCCAUCCUUUAUUGGCUGUUCCAGCACCCAAUCAUUACAAAACCUUUGACACCAAAAGCUCAAUGUAUCCAGCAACACAUGAUAUAGAAUCAGUGUGUCUCAUCUCUCCUGUGGUUACUACAAAUAAAAGUUUAACAGAAGUUUAAAGUGCAGAACUAAUAAUAAGGAUAGGAGAUAACAUACUCAUUUUGAGUUUUACUCAGGAUACAAACUGAGUAAACUGAGCUUUCUACAUUGUAAAAUUUAGCAUUAAGUAUUAAUAUCUCUGUAGAAUUAGACAAGCAGAAAAACAGAAUGAAAGGUCUUCUGUAUUUAUCAAUUAGACCACAAGCAAAAACAAGCUGAAAGAUGCUUAUUCAUUUUUAUACCAGUUAAGGCCAUCCCACCAGUAAAACUAAAAAAUAGCAGUUAACAUCCUGAUGUAGCACUAAUUAUAUUGUCUUUUGGCUUCUGUUUCCAGGACUGAAGAGACCAAUUAUCCUUUGUAAUGAAAUAGGGAUCUCAUUUUCACCUCUGUGGGCUAAUAAAAAAUGAAUUAGAGAAAUUCAAUUUCCAUGAAAUCUGUUCUGAAGUAAAAUAUUUAAAGCAUCUUUAAAGUGAACCUACUCUUUAAGAAUUUAUUCUAACAUAAAAUCAAUGAGCAGCUAAAGAUGACUCAAAAAUAACCAUUAAUUGACCAAAAAAGGUUUCCCACUAAAAUGCUUCUGAUUGUGUCAUUUGUAGUCAUUAUCUGCAGUUUACCAUUUCUAAUUGUAAUCUUUCAGACUUUUUUUCAUUCAAUCCAUUCAGUUACAAUUAACAGCACAGCUAAGCAAUUUGAAAGUUUUCAAGAAUUAAUACAAUAUCAUCUCAAAGUACUAUAGUUAGUAAAGAUUUGGUUUGCAUUUUUCAAUUGACAAUUGUAUUCAGAAAGAUUUUGCUUUGUCAAGAUGGGUAUUACUAGAUCUGGCCCUGUGGAGCAUAAAUUCUGAAUUUAUUUUCCAAAUUUUCACAUAUGCAUUGAGGUCAAUGGAAGCUUUUUUCUAGAUUUAGCUGUGUAGUAGGUUGCUCAUAAGGAGCAUAACUAGGGAGGGAAAAAUAAACCAUCUGCUCUUCACCUGCUGCCUUUCACGAUCCUUUGCCAAACACGACAAGCUUGGAGUGAACCGUCUUUCUCUGAUGCCAGUGGCUGCUUUUUGUCCUCCAGAGCUUAAUUUCAUGGGGUGAAGAUAUUUUUCCUCCUGUGUUAGGAGAGGAAAGGGGAAGGCUUGAGAAAAUCAUGAAUUUUACUUAAUCUUGUAAAAUGUUAUAAAAAGGGGGGAGGAGGGCCUUCUCCAGGCAGCUCAAAUGUAUAUCAAAUCCUCAUUGUGUAAACACAUGCUUGAUUGGUUGGUUCCUCAUUAACUCUGCUUCUCCCUGCCCGACAUGGUAGAACAUGGAGUUUUGCUACUUUCCUAUCAUACUCUGCUAUUUCUUCCUGUGUGUAUAUAUCAGAAUCAUUGCAUUGGAAGAGAUCAUAGAGGUCUCUAGUUCAAGCCCCUGCUUGGUGCAAUAUCUACUACUGUAUCUCUAAAUGAUGACCAUCCACCCUCUAUUUGGAGAUGUCUAAUCUAUAUAAUCUCUAUACAUGUGCAUUAGUAAAGAGAAAAUCAAGUCUGCACUUUUGUUUUUUAUUCUGUAAACCAUUCCAUGGACAAUUGCCAAUAGGAUGGUAUAUCAUAAAAUAAAUAAGCAUAUGUAUCUGGUACAAACUCUGAUGAUGAAAAAGUGAUGAAACAAGUAUCACAACAUCACAAGGCAAACCCCAGACUUUUAUAUUUGCCUCCUUGGGUCAGAGGCAAGUACAAAAGUGGUAGAGUUUUAAUUGCGAUGUCCCACACCCAUUUCAUGAUUUGCUGCCUUGCCUUCUGCAGAUGCCUGUGUAAAUAAACAGAGAAAUAACCCCAGAGAGGAGAAAAAGGAAAUAACCAUUCUUUUUAUUUCUUGCCUCCAUUUCUGUCUUUCACUUCGAAGCUUCCAUUCUUUCUUCCAUGCAGUUCAGUCCUUAUUCCAUCCUUCCCUCACUCCUAUAAUCAAUCCAAGGUUCCUCCCUCCCUCCCUUUUUGCUCCAUUCCUCCUUUUUUGCUCCAUUCCUCUAUCUACUGUACUCCACUUUUGAGUUCUCAUUUCUCACCAUGCAUCUAUCAAUUUUGAAAGAUCUCCCAAAUGAAGUCAUGCACCAUUUUAUUUCACUUUGAUUUUUAUUUAUGAGGAUAACAAUGAUUGAUAAAUAUCAAUUGGUGUCUUUCCAUUGAGUUGAUAAAGAGCCAGUUCAGCAGAGAGCAAACACCGGUCAUCAGUCCAAGAUUAUAAAUCCAGAAUGGCAUUGUCUCUCCAUUGUAGUUUUUGUUUACUAUACCCCAUCUCAGUAAAUCCAUAGUUCUUCAUAUUGAUAAAUUCCAGAUGUUUGCUAUAUGCUUCAAAAUCACAUUUAAAUUGUAUUACAUUUCCCAAAAUCAUAUUUUGAAACUUAGAUAUUAAGCCAAAAUGGAACAACAGUGAACAAAUCAAAAUCAUAUGUGUGUCCUCUCCAGGUUCACUAAAUAUUUUUACUCUGUGUAUUUCUGAUUUUAAAAUACUCUGCUUCAUCUUGGAAAAUAUCUAUUUCACCAUGUCCAUUGUGGUUUUUAUCUGCAUGAAUUCAGCCCUCCUAAAAGACUAUAAAUCAUGAGAAAGGGCUUUUAAAGAGAUAAGCAAGUCUACAGAACUUUGUAUUACUUUCUGUACUUCAUUCUCUUGUAGAUUUGGAAUAAAUUCAGCUUUUGCUUGUUCUUCAGCUAUGAGAAGCUAUUCCCCCUCAGAUGAGAAGUUGGUUCUUGCUUUCUCUGUCUUCUUGAUUUUAGAUCCAUAAUUUAUCACCAUGGGCAUGGGUCAAUAUAGAAAUUAUGUUAUUAAAUUAAAAAACAAAACAAAGCUAAAGUUUUCUGCUUAGCAAUUAAGCAGUCAAAAGGUGAGAGAUAGCUCAAGCUGGAAUAGGACCAAGUUAGUAAAUUCAGCAUAUUGUCAUUAGCAACUGGAAGUCCAUUGAGAAUUAACUAUCAGUUUGAAUUACAGGGAUUUGGCUGGGAAAUUAAUUGGUACUUUGUCCUUUAUGUAACAGCAAAUAAAUACUAAUAAUUAUAUUUCUGAAUUUGCAUAUAUUAAUAUAAAUUAGAAUGAAUAAGUGUAAUGCAAGCUUGUGUCCUAAGAGUCUACAUCCCAAAUCCUUUUGGUGCCAACCAAUCUUACUUCUGCCUUGUGAAUGAAUUGCUUAAAAUAUCACUUAGUUUUUAGUCAGCUUUGAAAAGUUGAAAGGAGAAUUUCAUCAGCACAUUUAAAUUACGUUGCCAUUCUAACACAUCUGCUGACAGACUACUGUCCAGCAUCACUUCUUUACCAUUGCCAUGGGAUUCUCAAUUUAAAGUUUCUAUAUGGUUCCCUGGCCAUAGCACACUCCUGAAUCAAUGUUAUGAAAUGAUAGGAGGAACUGGCAAGGAACUGCUAUAAGAAAUUAGAUUUGCUCUGAGGCUCUAUCACACAGUCUCAAAUUAAUGAAAAGAAACUCUAGCCCAUUUUAUAGAAGGCAUAAAUGUUAAAUGCAUCCAGUUACUCAAAAUUAGCAUCUGAAAACACAGUUGCAAUUUAUUUUCAAUAAACCAUUGUGAAAUCUUUCCAGAAUAAUAUAAUUGUUUUUAACUGGACAAUUUUUUGCUAGUGUAUGUGCUCUCAGCAACAAUAUCGACCACUGUUAUUCUUUAGAUUAUACAUUGUACUGUCCUAUGGAGACACAGAAAGGUUAAUACUAAAUCAUUGGGUAGGUGUUCAGAAAUCCGCAAAGUUGUUAAAAUGUACAUUAACCUAGAACCAUAGGGUUGGAAGGGCUUUUCCUGAAGAAGAUCUUAUAAUUAAAAUGCUUAUGCUUCUGUAAUAAAUAAUUGGAUAUACAUUAGAAUCAGUUCUGUUGUUGGCAUCUUUGGGUGCUUCAAAUUCUGAUUGGAUGGUAAAAAUACAGUUUCAAGAGGUGCCUAAUUAAGGUGUUUAAUUUGGGAGUUUGGGGUAGUUCGGUGUAGUGGUUAAAGGUGCUGGAAUAGAAGCCAAGAGACUGUGAGUUCUCAUUUUCCAUUAGGCAUAGAAGCUACCUGGGUGACUUUGGUCCAAUCACUUUCUCUCAGACCCAGGAAGAAGGCAAUGGCAAACCAUUUCUGAAAAUGUGACCAAGAAAACUGGGUAGACUUGUCCAUGUAGGCUGACUCAAAGGCACUAAAAAAAAUAUAUAUUUCUAUCUAGUAUCAGUAGGACAAUUUUAUGUGAAUAUAUUAGUUCCCAUUUCAUUAUUUUUCAGGCAUAUUCUGUUUAUUUACUCAUGACAGCUAUUUCUAUCUUCCUUUCAGUCUCCCAAAGCAGUAUAUAAGCAAUUGUAAAUAAUAGUAAACAACGUUAUUAUUUAAUUCUCUGGGGAGAAGAAAUCAUCUGAGCAGGUUUCUGUGGUGGUUGUCCCCUGCUCCUUCCUUCUUCCUUUAGAGAUCCUUCCUACAGGACAACCUGAUGGUAAUGGGCCUGCGAUGGAGGAGAAAGGAAGAAUUCCAUUAAAUAAUGAUGGUUGUCACCUGGUUUCCAACCUUUCCUUUCUAGGGCUCUUCCCAAGGGAAGUUGGAAUAGUCCAGCAGAGCAGGCUUUUGUAACCUAUUUGCCUUCCUGCAGUUCUAAAAAUCAUGUACAUCUACAGGAUUUUUUCUAGGAAUUCCAAUUAACUUUGAAGAUAUAAAUAGAAUAUCUAAAGCUGAAGGACAUUCAUAUGCAUGUGAACAUGAAGGAGAGGAGAAAUGUAUGUCUAAAGAACUAGUUGCUAAUUCAGCAAGAUUUUUUUUUUCCUUUCAGCCUCAAGAGAUGUUUAAAAGGAUGGUGGUUUACAAUUCAUCAUUUAAAACUAACAAAAAACAAGUAAAAUCAUUUUUCCUUUUUGCAUAUGUGUGUGGUAUUUUUGCAUUUCGACUGUAGUAUGCUAUCCCAGUUUCCUCUCUUUUCUGUCUCAUAACAUUGAGAUAAAGAUGGAAUAUACAUUAAAAUAGCAAGCUUUGAUUCUUUCAAUGGAUGCAUGCAGUUCUGCUAGAGUAUUAAGAAACUGGCUAUGAAUACAAAAAGAUCUGAUGUUGUAAAUUCUUUAGUCAUUUGAUAUUUCACACUAGUGACUCUUAGACUUUUUCAUUCAAAUAUAACAUAACAUAAGGAAUAUAAAUAUUCUUUUUCCAUUCAUUUCUAUCUUAUUUCUACCAGGUCACUUGUGAAAAGAUUGAUCUCCUUCAGAAAAUGUAGUUUGGUAAUAAAUGAGGAAAAUGCUAGAUUGCAUGAAUCCACCCAGAAUGAUCAAAGAAAAAAUGAUAGUGGUAUAGAUGAGUUCUCAAAUUAGUAAAUUAUUUUCCAGUGGUUGUAAUUAGGGUCCCUGAUCGAUUUUGUAAAAGAGUGUAUUCUGUUUUAAUCUUGGCUUUUCAAGUAUUCUUAGCUAGUUGUCAAAGAAUGUUUGGAUUAUUUUUUCAAAGACUAUCAAAGAUUUUCUAAUGUAGGCUUUCAUGACCAGUAUCUGUUGGGCAAUGUUGAGCUUCUGAAUUUAGUGAUCAUGGUCUAGAGAACAGAUUUCCUGACAUUUCACCAGCAACAGUGGCUGAUAUCUUCAGAAGCAUGAUGUGCUCUGCAGACCACAGGUAACUGAGCAGAGACUGACUGGACUCCCUGUCGGUCUUCAGUUUCCACAGCACAAUUGCUGUCCAGUCAGCUCAGUCAGUCCCUGCUCUGUUGCCUGUGGUCUGCAGAGUACACCAUGCCUCUGAAGAUGCAGCCAGUUGCUGGCUAAACCCUGAAGCCCAACCCUGCCCAACUGUCAAAGAUUCUCACUGCUUAAGAAAUACUGGGUAGGAAAGAAUGAUGUGAGGGAUUAACAAAAUCCAUUGUUUCUAGUGGGGAGCUGGACCUAGUUGAUGCUGAUCCUGGGGGCUUUCAGGAAGGUUUGUUUAUCCUUACUCUCAAGAUACCAUUGCUGCAUCCACACUACUGUCAAAUCUCCCUGCCUAUUGCUGGGCCUAGAAACAUUACAAGGAGCAAACGGAGACAAAAGUGGCAGUAGGUGUGUAGAAUAUCCAGUCCCAUGCCAAGGACUAUAAAUAUUAAUGAUUUUUCAGAAGGAACAAAAUGAUUGUAUAGAUUAAGCAUUUGUUUCAUGUUGAACAAGCAGUUGUCAGAGGGACCUCUAAUUAAAUUUAGGGCUACUUAUGUUAAAAUCCUGUAUAUCUUACCCACUCUAGCUAUUCACAUUCUUAAUCAAUUUAAAUGACUUACUCUUUCCAACUACCAAUGAACAAAAAGGCAAGUCUUCAGGUAUUCAUCAUACAUUGAUUAAAUUAUGCUAUGGAAACUGAAGACUUGCGCGAACUCAGAGGAGCAUGGGCUGGACAAAGGUUUUCUCUGUGGAAGUGAACAGGUGGCUCUUCUGCAUUUUGAGGCAACAAGAACCUGUUAUGUGUUGCUCUUUUUAUGAUGUUAUUUUAACUGAUUGUUCACAUGAUUUUGAUGAGAUUUAUUAUUUUGUGAGCCUCCCAGAGUGUUAGGAAUUGAGCUAGAUAUAAAUUAUGUAAAUAAAUAAAAUUAGGAACAGUAAUAUGAGCUAGCUGGUAUCAUAAUUAAUAUCUUUUGAGCAAAUGCCUACAGCAAAAUAUUGAUGAAAAUUGUUCUAGGCAAACUAAAGAGGAACCUUCAUUUGUCUUUAAUUGAAGACAUCAUUAGGUCAUCCCAGAGGUUAUUAGAUGUUGUAGCUUUCCCUCCCCUUAGGCAGUGAAGGGCUAUGGGAACCACCAUUUUUCUUUUCUGUCAAUGCUCUGGUGAUAGAGGAAGAGGGUCAGGUUAGGUAUUUGAUUCAAAGCCCUCUUUUCCUUUGAAACUCCCAAAGCAGUCCAGGAACCAGCAUAUUAAUCUAUUCCUUGUUAUGUCAAUGGGAGGGAAAAGGGCUACAGUAGGGAUUCCAGCCACAAUUAUGUCAGAUGAACAGUCAUCAUAACAUAGUUUAAUUCCUUGCCUAGGAAGUUCAGUGGAGCAAUGCAGCUGAGCUGUGAAGCAGGAUGUUUUACGUUUCAGAGAUUUAAACAUGUUUGUUUGGUACAGAUGAUUGUUGAUGAAUGAAGUAAAUGUGCUCUAGAAGUGCUUUCUGGUUUGCAUUUCUCAUGGCAGUUAGCACUCCAAUGUCAUCCUGCUUUUACUCCCCACAUGUUAUACUCUAGUUAUGCUAGAGGAGUACAAUGGUCUUAAUCAAAAUUUAUCUUGCCCAUGACCUUCAUGUUGGAUGGAUUAAAAUAAACGGUCAGUAGCUAAGUCUGAAGACUUAGCUCUUCCACAUUCAGUAAACCUCUUCAGAUUAACUUAUCUAACUGUUGCAUUCUAAAAGGUAAAUCUGAUUUAAGAAGGUUGUAUGACUUAAUGUCAGGAGGAACAUACCAUUUCUCUCUUUCUUUCUGGCCUUUCUUUCUUCAAUUCAUUUGAAAGUCUAUUUUUAUUUAGAGCCUGCUAUGCAUGUAUUUGAUUACCAAUCUUAUUUGCAGGGCUUCCAAAAAUAUGUGGAAGACUUUGAUCCCUACACCAUGUUUUCACCAGAUCAGAUUAUGGGGAAAGAUGUACGACUCCUUCAUAUUAAGAAGGAAGGAUCAUUAGACCUUGCAGUAGAAGGAGGCAUCAAUUCCCCAGUUGGAAAAAUAGUGGUAUCUGCUAUUUAUGAGGGGGGUGCUGCAGACAAGCAUGGAGGUAUUGUGAAAGGGGAUGAAAUAAUGGCUGUAAAUGGCAAGAUUUUGCUGGAUGCUAAGCUGGAUGAAGCUCGGGCCGCUCUUGCAAAAGCAUGGAACGUGGGAGGGGAUUGGAUUGACUUGGUCAUUGCAGUGUGUCCUCCCAAGGAAUAUGAUGAUGAAAUGACAUUUUUUUAACAACAUGGGAGAAACUAAAUACAUCUUUUGAAGAAAGCUACCAGUGUAUCGUCAUUCUUACCCAACCACAAAUCUUUAGUUAAGAAGUACAAAAAAGAAGAACACAAGAUUAUUCCAGUGAUUCAGGCCAAUAUGCUCUUGGAGCAACAUAUCAUGUAAUUUCCUCCCAUAAGCUAUUACUAUUGCUCAGUUAUACAGUAACAGCAGAUAGCUCAAAAAUUCACUGUAGGUGAUAAAAAGAGACAAAUGACAAUUUUAAAGCUAAGUGCAGUUUGUAUGAAAUCUGUAGUAACUGUCAUCAUUAUAAAGGAGAGACUCAUCUUUUUCCAUAAAUAAGAUGUUUACAGUCCCAUACAUAACUGGACAGAAAUAAAGUGAAAUCAGUGGGACUUACCUUCAGGAAAGUAUCUAUAGAAAUGGAAAAAACAGUUUCAGAAAGACGUGGCUGAAAAUCAGCUCUAUAUUCUUGGAGGGGGGGUGGUUCUCAGUUAUAAACUACCUUUAUGCAGACCUUAUAUACUGUAAAUAGCCUUACCUUUUCAAUUAAUUCAAAAUCUAUCCAAUGAAUAUUCUCUACAGAGGUUUGGAAAAGAGCCACUAGAUCUAACUUUCUAGGAUUUAAAACAUAUUAUUGCAAAAUUACUAAGAGAUUUAGUGAGAUUAUAGCUGUGCAAAGUGUAAUAGGAUUCCUAUUUCAUGAUUUAAAUUAAAAUAUAACUCAUCUCUGCUAAGAAAUUAAUGUUAUAUACUAAGUGUUAUCGUUACCUUACUGAUUAUUUGAUGACAUUUCAGUUAAUUAGAUCAGCCAAAAAUCCAGUAACAGUAAACCCACAGAUCCCUAUUCCACAUUUAUUAUAACACUUAUCAGAAAUCAUAAACCUGGCACUGUACUGAACACAAGUUUGUUCCAUUCAAGUGGGAUUGCAGUCAGCAUUAUAGGAAUAUGGCAGGAAUGAAAGGAAAGGAAUAAUAAAAAUGAGAUGGUGUCAGAGUAGGAAAAGGUCAGUCUGGCUCUGUUGCUGAACAGGAAGAAUUACAGGAAGAGUAAUUUCGGUUCUCGGUUGGAAGAUCAGAAAAUAUAAGUUGAACAGAGUAGUAUGUUUUAUUUCACUCUAGCAAUUCCUAUAGCUGAAUUGCAUUAUUUUAAAAUUAUGCAGGUUUUAAUUCAGUCAGCACAGAAGCUAAUGCUACAAUUGCACUGGUACAAAUUUUUCAGCAGAUUUACUUUGCAUCAGAGUUAAAGCUAUUCAUUACUGGAAAGGCAACUAUAAAAUAAUAUAAAAUAAUACACUGUUCCUAUAUUCAUCUAAUUUGGCAAUCCACAUUCUGGUAAAAUCAAUUAUACAAUUCACGUGUCAGAUAAAUUAUGCUGAUGAAAUCCUAUUGGUCCAGACAUGGGUGUCUGCAGAGGGUGCGCUACAAGAUGCCAUCAUCAAGCAAAUGCCACAUUUCAUGUUAUGACACCAGAUGUCAGGAUGUAAGUCGCUAAGGAUGCAUGUGCUUGAUGUCACUGUGCAUGUACAGUAUCAUCAUUUUGACAUCAUAUUCACAUUUCGCUUCAAAAGCCACUGCUCUGGUUUAGUCAAAUGUUUAGUUGAAUAUUUACCACACAUGGAAACAAAAUUCUCUUUAUAGAGAUCAGUUAUGUGGCAUUGUGUCUUGCUUGCAUAGUAAUAUGCACAUAACAUUGGGCCAAAAAAAAAUUAAGAAUAAUUAUAAUUUCCAUACUGGUAUAAAUACUGAAGGGACAACAUUAUAAAAUUUGAUUGCUUUAUUAUAAAUGAUUAUUUUUAAUCCUCAGUACUACAGAUAUUUAAUCUGAGCCUAUGUAUCAAAGUUUAUAUUCAUGAGAUUAUUUAAUAGAUGAAAUAGCAUUUUGGAAUCAAAGUCCUGUAUUGUCAAUCAAAACAAUUUUUCAUUAAAAGAAUCAUAUAAAUUUAUUCUUAAUACAAGC